UGAGGAACUCUUAUUUCUAUGUUCUCUUUCAGUUUCCAUGGAAGAAGGUAAGCAUAUUGCCAGUUCAAGGACAUGCGUUAUGCCUUGGUUUAUUUGCAUCAAUAAUUGCUCCUUUUGGAGGCUUCUUUGCAAGUGGUUUCAAAAGAGCUUUCAAAGUGAAGGAUUUUGGUGAUAGUAUUCCUGGACAUGGUGGAAUUACAGAUAGAAUGGAUUGCCAGAUGGUGAUGGCUGUAUUCGCCUACAUAUAUCAUCAAUCCUUUGUUAUGGCUCAGAACCUAUCCGUUGACACAAUCUUGGACCAGAUAUUAGUGAAUCUCACACUCGAGGAACAAGCAGCUCUAUACUUGAAGCUUGGGCAAAUCUUGCAACAGCGGGUGGUUGGCUAGAAUCUGAUGCCUUCAUUCUCUCAUUGUUUCAGAAAGUUCGGAUGUUGUAACAUUGUGAAAUAAAUUAAAAAUAUCAUGUAAUGAUUUAUUCUUGUCGCCCCAGCUUACAUAUGUAGCGUUCCUUGGCGAUUAUUCAUAGAUGAUAACCUUCUUAAUAAUCUCGUUGGAUAGCCUGAAUAGAUGUGUCUUGUAUUUUAGCUGUUA